AAUCUUCAAAAGUCUCCCACCCCUUGCUGGGCUCGCCCGUCCCAGCCUGCUGAGGAAUCAUUCUGAGAAUGGCACGAUUUGCAGUUCGUCCCCAUCUCACAGUAACUCACGGCCGCAUCUCGCACCCCGCCGACACCGCCGCCGCCUUCUCCUCCUAAGUCCUUCACCUGCUGGCUCAGCAUCUCAGUCAUCGCCGCUGCUCUCCUUCAUCUCGCCCCUCGUUGCUACCUUGUCCUCCCUCGAGAUCCAAUCACGCCGUGUCGGCGCCGGCCAAGCGGGAGGCGGAUGCAUGCGGCGUUGCCGGCGGUCAGCUGACACUUUUAUCUCUCUUUCAUCAGAAGUAAGCUAGACGAGCAUGCAUGCCAUCAAAUGGCUGGAGGGCUUGUUCUGCACCUGUGGAAUGCGUGGGCAAUCCAAAUACUCGUCCUCCUCAGCUUCGCUCUGCAGGUUUCGCUCCUCUGCAGGUUUCACUCUUGGCUGGUAUCCGUCGGCGUCAUGCCUCCUCUGCGCUGAGGCUCCUCUUAUGGCUGCUCUACCUCGUGGCCGACUCCACGGCAAUAUACACUCUCGGCCACCUAUCCAUCACCAGCAGCCGCAACUCACAGCAGGCGCAGCACCAGCUGGCGGUGUUCUGGGCACCGUUCCUUCUGCUCCACCUCGGCGGCCAGGACAACAUCACCGCCUACGCACUCGAGGACAACCGGCUGUGGCUACGGCACCUGUUCACUCUUCUCGUGCAGGCACUGGCAGCUGCUUUCGUUAUCUACAAGUACGUGGCCGACGGCACUGCAGCAGGGGCUGGCAGGACGACGGCGAUGACCUUGCUGCUUGCGGACAUCUUGGUGUUCAUCGUUGGUGUCCUCAAGUACGGCGAGAGGACAUGGGCGCUCAAGUGUGGCAACAUGGCUGACAUCGAGAGCACGGUCUUGAGCUCGAGGCAUCAUACAUACAAAUCCUUCUUCUCCAAGGACCUGCGCUUCCCGUUCCCGAGAGGGACAAGAGUGGGGAAUAGUCUUGAGUGCCAGAGGCACGAUGAUGAUGACGAGGAAUUCCUGCUUGCAGCUCACUGCCUCCUCCACAUGUGCAAGAGCCUUUUUACCGGUGUUCUUGUUACCACGACUUCGUUUCAGCUGGCCACCAUAGCUCUUCACACGCAUAGCUUCAAGGCCGACCUGUUCAAGCUGGUAGAGCUAGAGCUGUCCCUGAUGUACGACAUCAUCUACACAAAGGCUUCCGUGAUCCACACAUGGUAUGGCUAUUGCAUCCGGCUUGCCUCGCUUCUCGCAACCCUCUCUGCAUUCCUGCUGUUUCAGUUCAGCAGCACCCACGGUUACGGUGCAGCUGACGUCGCCAUCACUUAUAUCCUGUUGGUUGGGGCCUUGGUGGUGGAGAUCGUAUCUUUGUGCAAGGCUGCAGGGUCAACCUGGAUGUGUGCUUUGUUGUACUGCCUGGGCUGGGGGCAGCCUCUGAGUUUGCUGAAAUCUCUUCGCCGGCACGUCAGAGCAGCAAGAAAGAGGAGGUGGUCGGGCUCCAUUGGUCAGUUCAAUAUCUUCGACGUGUGCACCCGUGACACCUCCAAGAUAGCCAGCAGAGUGGCAUCGAAGAUUGUUAGAGAUAAUCACGAUUAGGAGAAAACUAGUCCGGGACGGACUUGUAGUCUUUUGCCGAGUCGGCUAGAUGCUAGGUAGGAUAGAUACUAUUUAUACCUAUACCUAGUCCCCCUGUAAUCAUCAGAUUGUAAAAGCAAUAAACAACAGGGACGACACGUU